GUUCAUAGGGAGGCCGUGUACUACGACAUCAAACCGCUGAUCAAACGUUUGGAGGAAACUCCUCAGCUGUUUGGGGAGCUGGUGGGCAGGCAGCAGUUCCUCUCCAGAGUCCCGCACUACAAAGAAAACAUCGAGGUGCUGAUUCGUAUCGCCAGAGCCGAGGCCAUAGCCGCCCGCCACUCCACCAUCAUGAUCUGCGUUCUGCGGACGGAGGAGGAUUUGGGUUUCUAUGACAACGCCAUCAACAGCCUGGAGGCAGAUAAGGAGUCUGUGGUGACAUUCGGACCCUGGAAGGCCGUCCUGUCCGUCAAAGACCUGCUGGACUGUGUAAAGAUGGACAUCGAGAGUCGCGGCUACAGGGUGAGCAUCCAGCCGCACGUCACAGAGAAGAGCUUCCUGUCCAGGAGCUACGACUACUUUCACAAACUCAUGUUCACCUGGUGGUGACGGGGAGGACCGAUUUUCUCUGAUUUAUUCCCAGCUGAAAUUGAAAAUGUACAUACCGUUUCUAAAAAGGAACAUAGCAUUUUGAUAGACCAAGUAGCUCCUGAAUACUUUAAUUAACCCUUCGAAACCUGGAUUGACAUCACUUUUCUAAUACUGCCUUUCACAGGUACUUUAACCUUUGAACUUUUUGGCAAAUUGGUUUGAUUUCUUUCAAUAACAAAGAAAGAAAAGGCAAUUUGUUUAAAAAAAAAAAAAAAAAAAGUUCCACAA